CAGAAGGUGAGUGUUUAUGACCUGCCGAGAGGCUUCGCGUUCCUUAAGAUAACCAGAAGACCAGUUAGUGUCUAGGAAAAGUGGAAAGAAGAUGAGCAACCCACUGAGGGGAGAAGUUGUCAGAUUGUACAAAAAUCUUCUCUAUCUUGGAAGAGAAUAUCCAAAAGGCACUGUAUACUUCAGAGAGCGCUUAAAAGUGGCUUUUAUGAAGAACAAAGAUGUUACAGACCCUGAGAAGAUCCAAAAGCUGAUUGAUCGAGGGGAAUUUGUCAUUAAAGAACUCGAGGCCCUCUAUUUUCUUAGAAAGUACAGAGCCAUGAAGAAACGCUAUUAUGACCCAGAGCACUGAUGCCCUUAUACCUACACGUCCAGCAAAUGGGAUGAAUGAGAAAAACACACUUCCUUAAGACGCUGUGACUGGCCAUUUUUCCAUUCUGAAGAAGAAUGGAAUCCAGGGGGGACGGUGCAGCAUUAAUGUGCCAGUGUUACAGUUCUGAUUGUAUUUUUAUGUUAUGUACAGUGUGACAUGUAGUGUGUGUUUCUAUUGUAUAGAAGUGGCCGAUCAAGUCUUGUUAUAUUUUGGGUGGUAAGCCAAAUAAAAUUUCAGUGAUCCAUAUCAUUUGUUGGCACCAUUUUAAUGCACAUCACUGUCAAAACAGAUGUUACAAUCUGACAUAUUGCUAUUUUACUCCAGCUGGCUGCUGUUUUGUUAGCUAUGCUAUCUGUCUUGUAAAUAACUGACAUGUACCUGUGGUUGAUGUUGGACAGCAUACAUACAGAAAUAAAAGCAUAUUUUAGUAAUAUC